GUUUAAAAGGGGAAGCCGUCUUGUGUCCUACCUUCCCAAUGCCUCUGAUCAGACGGCUUCUCCAUUUCGUGCGUGGCGAGAACUAAGCUGUCCCCGGGUGCAGAAAGGACUUUGCUAAAGUCACAGAGCCAUCACCUGCUACUGCCCAGAAUAUAUACAUCGCUGAACACUUUCUGGAAGCAAUUUGACAAAACGCAUCAAGAGACUUAGAAAACAGGUGGAUGGAUACCUCUGGCUCCUUCAACUCAUCUUUACCAGGGACAAUGGAGGCUUUGAUGGCCGGAACUGAGACGGUGACAGCGGAUGCGUCUGUCAGGACCACACUGUUCGACUAUGAGUUCUCGCUGCCAUGUGAAAAACUCAACGUCAAGGAGCUGGGCUCCCGCCUCUUGCCCCCACUGUAUUCCCUGGUGUUCGUGGUUGGUCUGCUGGGCAACGCGAUGGUGGUGGUGAUCCUCACAAAAUACAGGAGGCUCCGGAUCAUGACCAACAUCUUCCUGCUCAAUUUGGCCAUUUCUGACUUGCUCUUCCUGUUCACUCUGCUGUUCUGGAUUCAUUACAGCAGGUGGAACGAGUGGGUGUUCGGCCACUUCAUGUGUAAGCUCCUCUCCGGGCUUUACUACAUGGGCUUAUACAGCGAGAUUUUCUUCAUCAUCCUGCUGACCAUAGACCGGUACCUGGCCAUCGUCCACGCCGUGUUCGCCCUGCGGACCCGGACCGUCACUUUCGGUAUCAUCAUGAGCGUCCUCACCUGGGGCCUGGCAGGGAUAGCAGCCCUCCCUGAAUUUAUCUUCCAUCAGUCCCAAAAUGAUGCUGAACAGUACAUCUGUUUGCCCCUUUAUCCAGGAGGCCAAGAGGAUAAUUGGAAGCGUUUCCAUGCUCUGAGCAUGAACAUCCUCAGUCUGGCCCUGCCUCUGCUCAUCAUGGCCGUCUGCUACGCGGGAAUUAUUAGGACACUGCUGAGAUGCCCCAAUAAAACCAAGUACAAGGCCAUCCGGCUCAUUUUUGUCAUCAUGGUGGUCUUUUUCAUGUUCUGGACCCCUUACAACCUGGUCCUCCUUCUCUCUGCUUUCCAAACGAUCUUCUUUGAGGUCAGUUGUGAGCAGAGCAAAUGGCUCGAUGUGGCCAUGCAGGUGACAGAGGUGAUCGCCUACACGCACUGCUGCGUUAACCCCAUCAUCUACGCCUUCGUCGGGGAGAGGUUCCGGGAGCACCUCAGCCACUUCUUCCGCAGGCACGUGGCCACCAACCUGGGCAGAUACAUCCCGUUCCUUCCCAGCGAGAAAUCAGACCGAGCCAGCUCUGGCUCCCCAUCAACGGGGGAACAGGAGCUCUCUUUUGUCUUUUAGGCCAGAAGCGGAAAAAUACCUAAAGCGGAGGCGCCGGGCAGAUGAAGGAAACACAUUAAGUCCAUCGCGUUGACUUUAACGCCAGCCCUUUGAACUUCUAGCUCGAUGCCGAAACUUGUAAAGACAUUAAAGCGUAUACACAAUGGGGUCAGCAGACCCGUGUGCCCCGGGCGUUAACGGGGGUCACUAGUUAGUCAGUUCACUUGCCGUCCACACAGAAGUUUGCUCGGUUCUCGGAAGAGUUACAUCCAGUGUAAUGUACCCAAGUGUUAGCUAGUCACUAUAUGCAGCUAUGAGCAGGUAAAUCAUUUUACAGUUUAAACCUUAACUUUAGCUAGCUGUUGCAUAAAUGAAACGUAUUUCACAAAAUACAA